CAUAGAUCCAAAAUGGCGGAUAUAAAAUGUAAAAUUUUAUUGGCAGUGUUCCUUUCCUUUUUUAUCGAAUCUGCAGCCCAAGGUGUCUUUGAUCACGUGCUUUCUGAUGUUUCACCAUGCGAGGAUAUUUGUGUAAACACAUUUCCUCUCCACACAUAUGAAAAGGCUGAUCACCUAUGCUACUGUAGAAGAGGAUGCAGGCUAUUCUCUAUAGUUGAAUUUGUUAAUGAUAAUGCAGAUGUCAACAAAACCAAAGAAACUUGCAGAGAAUCCUGCAAGGAAGCAUAUCCAAUAAAAGAAGAUGGUGAUGCUUGUAUUAUAGGUUGUGCAAGCCAAGUACCAUUUGCCAUCAAACGACAACAACAGUUGGAGUUGGAGGCAUUGGAAGAGCCAAGCAUACAUAUGCUCUUCCCAGUGAUGAUGGUACAUGACAUGUAUUCAAAUAUGGUAGAUAAAUUACGUAAUCAGAUGACAGUUAGCUGGUCCUUCUACAUGCAGGCGGAUGACGGCAAAAUGAUUGUCAUGAAAUCAGAGCCUCGUUUUGAGUUCAACACUGGCUCCAGCAUAUUAGAUGGAUCCAAGACUAUGAACUACAUUGACACCAACCUGGCAGUCUUGGACAACUCAGCCACUCCCAAUGUGAAAAAUUCUCAGAUUGAUACAUUCGAGCGUGAUCUCCGUGACAUUGACUUUAGUAUGGAAGAAGCAGACAGUCAGAACUCAUCUGAUUGGCUGGAAUGUAUAGCUAAGAAGACGGGAUUGUCUAGAUUGUUCCUGAGUCUAACGAUCCUUUGCUCUGCCUUGGCUAUGAUUUGGUUAUGUUUUACCACAGCUGCUACUGCUCCUGACCAGAAACUUAAACCACAGAAACUCAGUAUUUAUGGAGACCUGGAAUAUUUGAAGGAAAUGGCGGUGCAGAAAAAGUUAUCCUUGGCUGAAUAUCAUCCUCAGGCUAAAGCAGAAGCCUUUGCAUUGCCUAUCAAAGUUAAAGUGGAGCAAGUUUGAAGACAAAGAAAUGGUUUAGAUCUGUAAACAUCAAACUUGAAUUUAAAUACUUAUUGGACAUUCUGUGCUCUUAAAAGUUACAAUGAUGAAAAUUUACAAUUUAUUUCUCACUCAAGGGAACCAAUUCUAUAAUUUGAGACUACAAGAUAUAUUUACAUAAAAUGUCUCAAAAUUCCAGAAAGUAGGCGAAGGGUUUGUUUUAUUUAGAUUUUGAAGCAAUUUAAUUCAAUUUAUUUUGGGGUGCAUUAUGAAGGGUUGUAAAUAGAAAGUAUGUAUAUAAAGUAUAUAUUGAUUAUUCUAGUAUAUGUGGUAAACAUUCAUGUAAAAAUGUGGGAAAACAAACACGAGUUUCGUGCUGGUAUUUAUGAAAUCAUGUAUGUGUAGAAGAGUAUAUGUGAACACUUCUAUAUAAUAUUAACACACCAUUUAGAGAUGGCCCUCAACUUUUCACUUUGAAUUGGAAAUAUCGAAAAGAAUAUGCAUGGUCUUUCUAUACAGCUUGCAUUCAUGCAGUACUGUAAAACAUAUUCAAACAUGACAUUUCUCUCAUUGAGUUUCUCAACCAAUCAGAAUGCAGC